UCUUUCCCCUUUUCCUUCCCUCUUUCCCUUUCUCCUUUCUCCUCCUGAACCUGCCGCUCCGCCUGGGAGCGGCGGGCGGGGCCGAGUCCACCCGGACCCCGCUGAGGCCCGGGGCCUGGUGGCUCAGUCCUUGGCGGUAGCGACAUGCGUCUCCUGUUCCUGGCGGUGCUGCGGCCACACACCGGCAAUGCGAUCACCGCCGAGCGCCUGCGGGACCACCUAGAAGCUGCAGGCCACAUGUGCGUUCUGAGAGAUGCCUUUGACUUUGAAAGCCCAUCUGACGUUGCUGAGCUCAUCGCAGCUGAGAACCUGGAAGCAGCGCUAGCCCUUCACCUCUACCGAGGAGGCAGACUUCUGCAAGGUCACGGCAUUCCUUUUGGGGUCAUCUUUGGUGGAACUGAUUUAAAUGAAGAUGCCAAUCAUAAAGAAAAAAAUGAAGUCAUGGGGAAGGUUCUGGAAGAAGCCAGGUUUGCCGUGGCUUUCACAGAGGCAAUGAAGGACACAGCGCAGAUGCAGUGGCCACAUGCUACUGGGAAGAUCUUUGUCCAGAGUCAAGGAAUUGCAACGAUACCAAAUGUCAACUUUAACUGGAACACCUUCCUCCAACAAUCAGAGAUUGACCAAAAUGCAGACAACCUGUACGUGUUCCUGGUAAUAUGUGGACUCAGGCCCGUGAAGGACCCUCUGUACUUGGUAGACGCGUUCUCAGAAUGGCAUCAAGAAGAGCCCAAUGUUUACAUGAUGAUUGUAGGUCCUGAGGUGGAUCCAGCGUUUACCAGGGAAGUGAAAGACCGGGUGAGGAGGGCUGCAGGGGUGCGGCUGAUCCGGGAGAUGUGUCAGAAAGACCUGCACGCGCUGGUGAAGAGCUGCUUCGCGCUGGUCAACAGCUCAGUCUCCGAGGGCAUGUCAGCUGCCAUCCUGGAGGCGAUGGAUUUGGAAGUUCCCGUGCUGGCUAGGAACAUCCCUGGGAACUCGGCUGUGGUAGAGCACGGAGUCACGGGAUUGCUGUUCACAACCCCUCAGGAGUUCAUUCAGUUGGCAAAGAGACUGGUCAGUGAUCCCGUGCUGGAGAAGGAAAUCGUGACCAAUGGAAGGGAGUACGUGAGGACAUACCACUCUUGGCAAGUGGAGAGAGACACUUACCAGCGCCUCAUCGGGAAGCUGGAGGCCAGCUUGGAGGAUUAAACGGUUGAAGUUUGUGCUUCCCACGUCUAGGAAGGAGGAGGAGGAGGGAGGAACAAUGCAGCCAAGAGCCAUACAUGCAAAGAAAGUGCCAGACUCUGGAGGGGCACGGUGUGUGUGUGGGGGGGUGGGAGGACUUGGCACCUGGACUGUCCUCGGUCCAACUUUGAAGGCACAUCCUGGGCCUUUUGCUUUUCUACAGGAAAAGAAAAAAAGAAAAAGGAAAGAAAGAAAGGAAGAAAGGAAGAAAAAGAAAGAAAGAAAGAAAGAAAGAAAUGCUAAUAGUCACAUCUCAUUCUAGGAGAAGUGGACUAGAAGGAAGCAAACUUUGUAAGCCAGUGCUUCGGGGAUGAGACCAGAGCCCCAUUCUCUAGGGUAUAAUCCGGCUCCCCAUUUCCAUACCUCAGACCCCGCACAGUCACUUUCAUGAAGGCUCCAGCAGAGGCAGCGGCAAUUCCGUAGUCCCUGAGUGCCUAGCGUCUGGAGGCCAGCUGAGCAAUGUGCCCACUUCCUUGGCUCCUGACUUGAGCUGGGGUCCUACCUCUCUGGGCACAAGGAGAGAGAGGGAGUAAAGAAGUCUGAAUCCUGCAGGCAGUUCCUCUGAGCCCAUAGUUCCCGCCCACCUCAGGAGAGGUGGACAGAGGGCGUUAGGUGUCUUUGUUUACAAAGCGGGGGAUGCUCUGGAAUGCAGGCCUCUCCUUUGCCCAGUGUCGAUAUCACUGCCUGACCUCCGUCAUGCCAGCAUCACUGAGUUACAUCUUCUGCCAUGUGCACUUUGGGGAAGGGAAGGGUCUUAAUUAAUAAAGCGUGUCACCAUCAGGCAUACAAAAACAGCCGCUGUUUAUUCAUCCCAGGAGUGCCUCUUGUAGUCCCCAGGAAAACAAAUAUGACACUUAAGUGUCUGGUUGGAGGGGUUUGAUAUGAACUUAUACUAAAGUGUGAUAGCUUUCCCUUUCAGGAACAGACA